AUAUUUUAAGGCGCAUGCGAGGGAGGAGCUAAGGCAUACAUUGUCAUCGAGCAAGUAUACACACAUUGCACCGAGGUUCGGUGAGUGGAACAAGAUAUGCUUCACGAAAAUUCGAUGCCCUAUCACGUCACGGUGCUCGCGCUGCUGGUCUGUGGUGGCGUCGUCCUGCGAUGCCUCGAGGCCAAGCCAGAUGACAAGACGCCGAAUCGUCUCAAAAAUGAAUGCCCGGUAAAAACAUUGGUAAACACGGCCAACGGCCCGGUCAAGGGAUUCAUCGCGAAGUCGCCUCUCGGAAAGCCAGUGCGUGUCUUUUACGGUAUACCGUACGGUAAGCCUCCCAUCGGUCAACGCAGGUUCGAUCGUGCCGAACGUAUCGAACCGUGGACAGACGUCUUCGACGCCACAGUGAAGCCCAACUCCUGCUUUCAAGUGUUGGACACACUCUACGGAAACUUCAGCGGCAGCGUCAUGUGGAACGCCAACACGAGAAUGAGCGAGGACUGUCUCAAGCUCAACGUCUGGACACCCGGUUGUUCGCCUUCUAAGAAACCAUUCGCCGUUCUCGUCUGGAUCUACGGCGGCGGCUUCUACAGCGGCACUUCGACGCUGGACGUCUACGAUGCUAGGACUCUGGUUUCGGAGGAAAACGUGGUCGUGGUCUCGAUGAACUAUCGCGUAGCGUCUCUCGGCUUCCUCUCCUUCGGCAAUGAGCACCUGCCCGGAAACGCCGGCCUCUACGACCAACACCUGGCGCUCCGGUGGGUCCGAGAGAACAUCGCAGCCUUCGGAGGCAAUCCGACUCGAGUGACGCUUUUCGGCGAGAGCGCCGGAGCUGUCAGCGUGGGCUUGCACAUCUUGUCGCCGCUCUCCAAGCCACUCUUCGCCAGGGCCAUUCUUCAGAGCGGAUCGCCCACUGUGCCCUGGGGCUUCAAGGACAGGCACACGGCUCGGAAAGCCGCAAGAAGGCUGGCUACUGCUUUGAGAUGCCCGGACGGCUUGGGGAAACCCACACUGAAUUGUCUCCGCAGCAAGGACGCCAAAGAUAUCGUCAAAAGCGAAUCGAAUAACGGUGGCAUUGUCGACUUUCCGUUCGUUCCCGUCGAAGACGGCGCUUUCCUUCCAGGCACGCCGCAGGCGCUGAUGGAUUCGGGUGCAUUCGCGAGAAACAUCAGCGUCAUGCUGGGUUCCAACGUUAACGAAGGUUCCUAUUUCCUGCAGUAUUUUUUCGGACUCUCGGUGAGGGAACAGAACCCGCAAGUUACGACACAAAAAUUCGCAGCUGCUUUAAAAGCGCUGGAUCCGUCGCUGAGAGGGACGCCGGUCGACAAGGUCCUGAAGAUGUACACAGCCGGUAAGAUGCCUUCCACAGCCGCGGAGAUCUUGAAGGCCCUGGACUCGAUAGUAGGUGAUUACCACUUCACGUGUCCCGUAGUGCGGUGGGCGGACCGCUUCGUCCAAGCGGGGAUACCGGCGUACCAGUACGUGUUCGCGCGCAGGUAUUCGCGGAACCCGUGGCCCCUGUGGAUGGGCGUAAUUCACGGCGAGGAGGUCGCCUUCGUGUUCGGCGAGCCGCUCGACCACUCGCAGCGGUGCAGCGAAGAGGACAAAAGCGUGAGCCGUCGCCUCAUGCGGUACUGGGCUAACUUCGCCAAGACCGUGAACCCCAACUUCAGAGGAAGCGGAUGGUCACAGUCGACCGAUUGGCCCAGGCGCACGAAUCGGCUCAAGCAACAUCUGGUGCUGGAUGUCAACAAAAGUGUCGGGUGCGCACACCGGGACACCUAUUGCAAGUUUUGGAGGACCUACGAUGCAUCCAUACCACUUCGGUCCCGUCCUGUCGGGAAGACUGUGGGUGCGCAAAGCAAGCCAUCUCGUGUCAAAGUAGUACCAGAAAGUACUAAAGUGCACCAAAGUUCCAGAAGUUCGAACGCAAGACGUCGAGCUGGUCCUCGCUGAACUGUCAGCUUCUCGUUUUAACUUGGGGUCGGAGACCGCGGUACUGGCGCCCGUUACAGCAAUAAAAUGCGCCGCGGUGCGGCCAGGUGACGUCACAAGCACUCCGGGCAACUCCAGGC